AUGGCAUCUGCAACGGGAACAGGAUCAGGUGCUGGAAGCUCAGGUGAAUGCGAAGGUGAGGAACAGGAGGACUCAUCUUCCUCAAAUUCCUAUGUACUUGAGACUACUGAAGCACUGGAAAGAAUAAAUCUUAAUGAUGUGAAUAAAGAUAUUGAAGAUGAACUAACGGUUUUCCGUCAGCAAUGGCAACGGGAACUGGUAUCUACACCAUCUCCUCAAAGAGAAAGGAUUCCUGUAAAAGCUGAAGUGCAAAAGGAAGAUGAACCUCUCAGUGAUGAAGAAAAGGCAAAGCAAUUGUUCAUGCGUGGUGUGGAAAUGGAGAGGGGUGGAAAACUAUAUGAGGCAAUACAACAUUAUAAACGUGCUAUACAGAUCUUGCCUGAUGUAGAGAGCAGGCUUUAUGAAGGUUCUGAUAUGAGGGCUGAUACACCUGAAGAGGUCCCUGAACCGACUGAAACUUGUCAAUCAGAAUAUGUAGCAGAUAGUGAUGAUGAAGAUGUAAUUGAAGGAGAAGAUCUAUUGUCCAGGCUGCAAAGGAUUCUUGCCAAAAAGGGAUAUUUGUGCCAACCUGAGUAUCCGACGAAGAGUGCUCACUUCUCAUGGCUGCCAUACGAGGUGGUGCAGCUGAUACUGCGCUGGGUGGUGGGCGCAGACAUGGACGCGGCGGCGCUGGAGCGCUGCGGCGCCGUGUGCAGGGGGCUUUAUGUGGCCGCUCGAGAGCCGGACUUGUGGCGCUGCAUGUGUGUUAAGACGUGGGGCGUGGAGUGCGGCACGCCGCGCGCGCACGGGUACGCCGCGUGGCGCCACAUGUACGUGGAGCGCGCGCGCCUGCGCCUGCACGGCGUGUACAUCAGCAAGACCACGUACCUGCGCCACGGCGAGAACAGCUUCCAGGACCACUUCUACCGCCCCUGGUACCUCAUUGACUACUAUCGGUAUCUCAGAUUUUUCCCAGAAGGCCUAGUUUUAAUGUGGACCACAGCGGAGGAGCCGGCGGCGUGCGUGGGGCACCUGAAGACCCGCGACACCAAGAACAACCUCGGCAUCAUGUCAGGGCACUACCGGCUGGUUGGGGAUAUGGUUGUGAUAGUGAUAAAGAAGACGAGCUCUGAGAAGAAGCAGUCGCAGGCGACCAACACGCGGUUCCGCGCGCGCCGCAAGGAGCCCACCGACCAGCACGAGCAGGUGUUCCAGAUGGAGUUCCAGCUGCGCAGCGUGCGGCGGCGGCGCAACUGGCAGCUGGUGUGGCGGCGCUACGCCGUGCGCGCGCGCGACGCCUGGUCCGCCUUCGACCUCGCGCCCAGCAAGUUCCCGCCACUCGCCUUCAGCGCCGUGCGCGCCUACACCGCCGAGGCCACCGCGCCGCUGCUCUGCUCCAGCGUC